GCGGCCGCGGGGCCCGGCCGCAAACGGGUGGGAGCGGCGGUUGGAGGCGCGGGCGGCCGCGCCGCCGGGCCUGCAGGUAACUUGACUAGCAGGUGGAACCAGACAGUAAAAGCUGCAUCUACUGAGACCUACCGAUUACUACCUUGAAGAAAGUGACACUGGUUCAAAAUGAGUGCAAUGUUGGAAACCCCUGAGCUGCCAGCAGUAUUUGAUGGGGUGAAGCUGGCUGCAGUUGCUGCUGUUCUGUAUGUUAUUGUUCGCUGCCUGAACUUAAAGAGUCCGACUGCUCCUCCUGAUCUCAUUUACCAGGACUCUGCUUUGUCCCGCUUUCUGCUCAAAUCCUGCCCACUUCUGACCAAAGAGUACAUUCCACCCUUGAUCUGGGGAAAAAGUGGACAUAUCCAGACUGCCCUCUAUGGGAAAAUGGGGAGAGUAAGAUCACCACAUCCAUAUGGACUUCGCAAGUACCUUACAAUGCCAGAUGGAGCAACAGCAACCUUUGAUCUCUUUGAGCCACAGUCUGAGCACUGCAUUGGAGAGGAUGUCACAAUGGUCAUCUGCCCUGGGAUUGCGAACCAUAGUGAAAAACAGUAUAUCCGCACUUUUGUUGACUAUGCACAAAAAAACGGUUACAGAUGUGCUGUCCUGAAUCAUUUGGGAGCCCUACCAAAUAUUGAACUGACUUCUCCACGAAUGUUCACAUAUGGUUGUACCUGGGAAUUUGGUGCUAUGGUUAAUUACAUCAAGAAAACCUACCCUCAGACCCAGCUGGUUGUAGUAGGCUUCAGCCUGGGUGGAAAUAUUGUGUGCAAAUACCUUGGAGAGACUCAGGCCAACCAGGAGAGAGUCCUGUGCUGUGUCAGUGUGUGCCAAGGGUACAGCGCGCUGAGGGCCCAGGAAACCUUCAUGCAAUGGGAUCAAUGUAGAAGAUUUUAUAACUUCCUCAUGGCAGACAACAUGAAAAAGAUCAUCCUUUCCCACAGGCAAGUUCUUUUUGGAGAUAACGUGAAGAAGCCACAGAGCCUGUCAGAUGCAGAUCUGAGCAAACUCUACACAGCAACAUCCCUCAUGCAGAUUGAUGAUAACGUCAUGAGGAAAUUCCAUGGCUACAGUUCCCUGAAGGAAUACUAUGAAGAAGAAAGCUGCCUACAGUACUUGCACAGGAUCUAUGUUCCUCUUCUGUUGGUUAAUGCUGCUGAUGACCCUCUGGUGCAUGAGAGUCUUCUAUCAAUUCCAAGAGCUCUUUCAGAGAAACGGGAAAAUGUCAUGCAUGUGCUGCCGCUUCAUGGAGGCCACCUGGGCUUUUUUGAGGGGUCUGUACUCUUCCCAGAACCUCUUACUUGGAUGGAUAAGCUUGUGGUGCAAUAUGCCAAUGCCAUCUGCCAGUGGGAGAAGACAAAGUCUCACUGCUCAGACACAGAGCAGGCUGUAUCUGGCCAGGAGUAACUGACCCAGCGACUCUGGAUCACUUCAGUAUCUCUCCCUUUGGGGAAAAACUUGUUCCCUCACCUGCUGCUUCAGGUUUCCAUUCUCCUUGAUAUCCUAGGACUGGGGUUUGAUCACAAUGUUUCUUUCUGAAAAGUGGAGUUACAGCAGAACUUAAUAUCUGAUCAGAGCAUCUUUGCAUAUAUAGUUAUUUGGGCUUGUAACUUAUUGCUCUGCUUGAAUUGGGUUGCUAACUGUGGCCUUCUACAAGGUUGUUGGGCUCAAGAGCUUGUUCAGAAGUUUCGAAUGACAAAUUCUUCCACCAGCUGGUCAAACUUCAUGUUUGCAGCAUUUAUUUAGAUGUAGAUGACAGGCCAACUACAACCCUCCGACUCUGUUCUACUCUGUCCCAGUGCUGGAAGAACUCUGUACCAAGCCACAGCCAGUGGUUCAGCCUAGUAUGUGGCCUGCAAAAACAGAUGCCUGACUACAAGCUGAGUUCCAGCCUUGCACCAUCUCAAGAGAGUCUUACUUCCUAGGAAUGCACUUCCAAAAGUGAAUAGGUUUUAAAAUACUUAGCUUUUCCAUAUUUCUGUCUGUAGGUUGGGAUAUUUCUAUGCUGGGAUUCCAGGUAGAGAAGAGCUGCAGGUUGUUAAUACUGGUUAAUACUUUUCUAUGUAAACAUGUUCUCAUACCAAGACCAGGUCAGUCACCUUAUCGUAUUUGCUUCUUUAUUUAAAUGUAGUUGUAUUUUUUUUAAGUACUGGAUUUGUUUGACCUAGGGCUUUUUAAAACUGGCUCUGGCUUCCAAAUGGAAACUGCUGAUUAUGAAUCUGUGGGAUCUUUCUGUAGGGUUAAAUUGUUUCCAAGUAAUUCAUAGAGAAUGGAUGUACAUUGUUAGAGGCUGGUUUGUAGGGAGGAAUGUAUGUGUUUUUUCUUAGUCUUACAGCCUACCCUGGCAUAAGGGGAAGUAUCAAAACUCUUCCCAUUAACCUUCAGAGCAUUGAAUGGUUUUAAGGCAAGGUUCUAAGGGAAAUUAUGUGCCUAGAGGUGAUGGGAACUGUGUAGCUCUAGCCCUGCACAACUGAAAUAGUACCUUCAUAUGGCUAACUGCUUCCAUAUCCAUGUAAAUCCUGUAGGAUUACUGGCUCCAAUAAGACACUGCACUGGGCUCUUCCUCCCUUGAAUUCCUUUUCCACGCUCAUACAUCUGCUUCUAGUUUAAAUGUGCAAAGUGAAGUGUGGAACUAUAUAUGCAGGAAAGAUGCCUACUCUCUUGUGCUGUUCCCUCAAGUGGCUGUUAGUCUGUGCCAAGGCAGUUAUUCAGAACUAGUUUCUCUCCUGGAAGGGAAAUCUAUCCCAUGACAAUCUGGAGACAAACUUUGUGAUCAAAAUCUUUGCUUUACUGUUUGUUCUAUCAGUGUUGUAAUCUUGUUAAUCCAUUUUUAGGAUGCAGUCUCAAUGAAUUUUUUUUUUCCAUCAUACUUCCCAUAUCAACCAGCACUUUAUUGCUUUAGCCUUGGUUUAUGUUCUAGGCACUUUAGUUUAUAGCUUAAGAGUAAAACAAGCUGCAAGACUUCAGUCCAGUGACAUAGGGAAACAAACCUUCUGGGCUGCCCAGUCCCUGAACUUUAGUAGGCUGGAGCAGUGGGUUUUUGUUUUAAUAAAGCAAUAAUUAACUAUUGUAGCAAAGGUGCAUCAGGAAAUUCCUUUCAGUUUGCCUUAGGCCAGCCACUUUGGCCUGUUAAAUGAACUGUGGUUGUCUGCACAUUCCCUUUGUUAGUAGAUCCAGGUUUCUUUUUUCCUCUCAAAGAAAAGGUAUGACCAAGUAAAGCUCCAUAGUGAUACUUGGCCAUGCUUGCGGCUGUAUCUUAGGGAGUAUUUUGGGGCAUCAAUAAGCAAGAAUAUUCUUAAAUGAUGAAUUUGUGCUAUUGUCUUAUUCAUACUUGCUGCAUCUGUGUAUCACCAAAAUUUGUCAUAAAAUCAGAUUUUUCUUAAGUAGCUGUUUAUGUUGUAGUCAUUGGAUGUGACUUAAAUAUCUUUCCUUUAACAGAGGUGGACUGUAAGCAACACCUGCAUACAUCAAAUAGUAUAAAUGUAUAGGGAUGUUUUCCAUUUCCAGUGGGUUACAGCUUCAGAAUUGUUUGAAGUUUGAACUUUCAUAGCAAAUUCUUCAGCUGUAGCUGACACAAGUCAUAGUUGCCUGCCUUGAAGGUACAAAGCUGCCCUUUCCAUGGCAAGAGAUUCUGUCUCUGGAAUGCUUCAUCCUUCUUCCAGGUGAGUAACAACUUCAGACAACUCUAGAGAAACAAAUUGUUCUUGAUACUAAUACUAAUGGAAAGAGCCCAACAUGUGGAUACCUAUAGAAGGAAGGAGUGCAUAUAUCUAGUUACUUUGAGAGCAAAAUACCUGCCUCCCUCAGGUUUGAGAACCUUAAAGCAGAGGCUCUCUUCCCCACUUCCCAAGUGGUUAAAAUUCUGCCUUCCUUCCCAGGAUCCCAGACUUCCAGAAGCAGUUCAGUGGUUGGCCCAGAACAUGAAAGCAGGAAAUGAGAAGUGAGAAUUGUUUGGGUACUAUCUGGGAAGGCAAAGCAAGUGUUUUUUUAACUUCUGUGUUCACGUUAGGUGACACACUGCUCUUCAGUCAAGUUAUGCCAGUCUAGCUGAAAAUGAAGCUUUGUUCUGCAAGCCUUUCUUCAAAGAGCUUUUCUUCAUUGCUCUUCCUUUUCUUUUAAGGAGGCUAGUACUAACCAGUCUUGAUGAGCAGGUUUUCCUGCUUCUGAGGUGUGAGGAAGUUAUGUUCUCAUUAGCUGUAACAUUAGGUCUGACUUCACUAGCAGAUGCCAGUCAAUGAUCUCUGAGCAAGUGUCUCCUAAGAUGAGGUGAGCAGCUAGGGUGCUGACCAAGCAGCAGGAGCUGUAUUUUUGUCAAUUCAAGUCUGCUUUAAAAAUCAAAGAGGGAUUUUUGGGGGAGUAAUCCUUCCUGCCCCACAACAUGAGCCUUCAUAUUUCAGGAGUGCCGAUACUGUGGACUUCUUGAACCUGGCUAGAGAAGCAAUAUUAAUAAUGGGUUUCUUGAUCCCUUGAUCUGUUUUUGCACUUGCAUCUAUAGGUGUUUGAACUGCCUGUAUCUUGACUAUUUGAUUCUAGCCUGUUUGGGGAGGAAUUUUUGUCAUGGUUUAAACAUUGUGCAAGGGUUCUGAGACCUAAAAUGCAUCCCAAGCUUGUUGUAGAUGGGAGCAGUAAAAUCUCUCCUUGUCCUCCAUUCCCCCCACCCCCCCAGUUUGACAAGGCUUUUAGAGCCAAGACUAGCAGUAAUAGCCUAAAGAGACCUUGGGAGUAGGAGAAUAGAAAACUACACAGCAUGCACUGCAGCUUAGAGACCUUCAGAGAAGGGAAUUCUGUAUCAAUCUUGCUGCUGCAAGUGACUGGCAGCUGAAGCCUAGUGCCUGUACUCAAAGAUGAAUGGGACUUUCUCCAAUUCUGAUCUGGAAUACUCUUCUCCCUCCAAAUAAGGCAAUGCUAAUCUUGUGGACAGGUGCCUUUCAUUUGGCUAGCAAACCCAACCUCAAAUGCACUCAAAACUUUUACUGCUUUCUAAAAGAAAACUGAAGUUUUCUGUGUGGUUGAGUCUUUAAUCUCUCUGCAAGACAAGUGCACUUUUAAAUCCUUAUUUUAUAGUCUGGUAGUGCAGCUCUUCAGGACUUUGGCAUGAAAAAUCUACCAUGAACUCUAAACCCACUCUGAAACUAAGAAAAAGCAUUAGUAGAGCUCUUUGGCGUUUGGUAUACAUUGAGCAGUGGGGAGAGGGUUGUAAGUAGCACUUGAACAUAAACCCCAAGGGCACUCCCCAUCACACUGCAAGUUGUGUGAUGUUAGGCUGGUCCAACUGUCAUCUUUGGAGAGAUCUGAAGGUUGUAGGUGAGCAGCUGGGGCUUUGUCCUACUGAACAUAAACUGUCAGCUUCCAUCACAUCAGAUCUGUUGGCAUUUUUAAUGGUCACUUUCUAAGCUUCUAAACUGAAGGUUCUUCAGAUGAGUCUGACUGUUGUAGUUGCACUCUGAAGACAGAUAAUUGAACUGCCCUGAAGUUGUCUUCUGAGCACUAUUUCUGCAACUCUUGUUUGUGAAGAUGCAGGUUACAAAGACUGCAUUAAGCAAAGAUGGUAAGAACUGAUACCUCCAAUACUAAAUUUAGCUAAGCUGCCUGUGUCAUCUAUCCUGGGUCUGUCACAAGCUCCUGGACCACAGCCCUUUGACAUAUGGUGCCUUGCCCUUUUUCUUCCUCCCUUGACAUCAGCAUAUCUAGAGACUUCAGUAACAGUUCUGUCAGAGCUUUCAAGUUCUGUUUUUGUAAUAAAUUUCUCAACUCUAAUGAGACAUUUCCCAGGGGUGUACACAGUACAAGUGCUAUUGUACAAGUGUUUGACUUAAAGGACCUUUAUGGGCAGCAUAAAACUAGCUACAGUAUUUUAAGGCUUAAAAUAAGGUGUAUUAGUAGUGGAUCAUCCUUCAGCUGUCUGCUCCUCAAAUCUGUCCCCAGCAGUAGGGAUUGAGUCAGAGAAGGAGUUUAAGUGACUUGCUGCCUUGAAAUCCCAAGAUUCAUAUAUCUAAAUCCAGCAACAUAUAGCUGGAGGUAGAUUCUCUAUAUUUACAUCUGAAAGAGCAGAAUGGCACUUCAGGAGUUAAUUGCCAAACAGUUUAGUCACCUGGAUUUUCUUAGAAAUAUUAUGCCUAUCUGGGGCUCAUUGAAGUUCUUCGGCCUUUUUCAAGAAAACCAGAAAAGGCUCUGUCAUUCUGCUGCAUGUAUAGAUCAUCUCUCAUAAAGAGCAUUUUGCUGCUUCUGGUUUGAGUCAUACUCUGUGAGUCCUUGUUCUUUUGGCAGAUCUGUAGGUUGUAUAGUGUCCAGGGCCCACUGUGACUCAAAAGUGUCUCCUUCAGGAGUACUAGUUCUAGGCAAAAACCAACAGUUCUUGGUGGGAAGGUUUUCAGAUUUUUUUUUGCUGAACUUAAGAUGCCUUAGAGCAGCACAGACCUAAGGAAGGGGUGUUUUGCACAUGUACCCCUUCUGUUGUGGGGCAUGCUUAGUACUGUUGGCUUGGAUUUUCUUCUGUCCUUGGGAGAGUGUAGGUAUAUAUGCCACCAAUAUAUCCAAGUGGCUGCCAGAUGUUCAGUUCAUGCUGGAAGGGCUUCUAGGGUUAUUCUGAACUGCUUUUCAAAAACCUGGAUAUUUGGUUUUGCUCAUUAAUGACUAGUGCUGCAGUCCAGGACAGCAUUUAUUUGGUUGAGUUUGCUGAUAUUGAACAGUCUUUUUUGAGUCUCUCUAACUUUUCAAAAACUCCAGCCUUACAUCCCCUGUGCGUAAAGGCCAUGUCUCUCUCCUUCUCACUGGAUGGUCUUGCCGAAGCUGGGCAUCUUAAUGCCAGUAAGGAGCCUGAUCCCCUUGAGGUGGCUCUACCCAUACAACUUCUCUUGCUUUUUUGUAAAUGACAAGCUUAUGUUGCCUGUCUCUAGUCAAGCCAGUGCUUUGAAUAGAGAGAUCCUAGGAGGCACUCAUAUCUAAUGUCAUGACUCCCCUGGGGUGCUGACCCUUCUGAUGGCCCCUGAAAACUAGGGAGUCUUCAAAAACAAACCCAACAACUGACACUUGAUAUAACUAAACCCUACUACUUAGCCCAAAUGAAUACCUGUCCACAGAACAUGGGUGUUUUUCACACUAUUUGACUCAUCUGACAAUCCAAGUAGGUUUUAAUAGAUUCUUUCUCAAGAAAGCACAACUUCUUUUCAAGAGAUACCUUUCUCUCUGAAUAACCCCAAGGUGAAGAGGCAGGUGGACACCUCAGGAAGCCAGAUCUGUACUGUUCUCAUGUUGUUCCUGCAGUUGUGUUAGAAUGGGCUAAGUGAUUUCUAAUGUUCUUGGUAAGCAGCACAGUUUACUGUGGAAAAUAAUUUGAAUUUGCAAACUUAUACUCUGGAACCAUCUCUAAAUGCUGCCCUGAAAAAGCUUGUAUCGAGAUACCCUCCCAGCUGCCAAGUUCUGAGUCAAAUUCUCUGAAGCUGACAGCUGCAGGGGAGAUGAUUUGCAACUAGCAAUGCAAUUUUUCUAUAUCUGCUGAUGUUUACCUUUAAAAUUAUAUAUAUAAAUAUAUUAAAAAAACAAUGUCUUUGAUUUUUUUCUUUUUGUUCUGUGUCGUGUAAAAUGGAGGUCACUGCGAAACAAUGUAAUUUUGUUAUCUCUGAUUCAGUGGGAUUUCUUAUUUAAAAAUAAAGGACUUAUUGAAGUCAGUGUUA